AUGGAACCAGAAAUUCUUGCUCGAUUGAUUCCACAAGGGAAAGAAACUGUGAGACCUGCUUGCAAAAAGUGUGGGUAUGCUGGCCAUCUAACCUUCCAGUGCAGAAAUUUUAUCAAAGUAGAUCCCAAUAAGGAAAUUGUUUUGGAUGUUAGUAGCACUAGUAGUGAUAGUGAAACGGAAUAUGUCACUCCUUUAACAGCACUGCGUGAUAAAGAACUUAAAAAGAAGAUGAAGAAAAUUAAAAAGAAAGGAAAGAAAAAAAAGAAGAAAGAGAAGAAAAAAUCACGACACAGGUCCCGAAGUCGUAGUAAUAGUGACAGUGACAGCGACAGUGAAUCUGACUCUGAAAGUGAUAGUUCAGGUGAAAGACAUAAGAAAAAAAAGAAGAGGAAGAAGAAAAAGAAGAAGAAAGAAAAAGAACAUUGA